CUCGGCCGGUGUGCGGUUCGUUUGUUCGUCGAUUGACGCUCGCAUAAAUUUAAAAACGACUUCUGUCAGUUUCCCUCAUACAUUUUCCUCAUAUUUACGUAUAGUUUCAAUUCAAUAAUCGAUCAUUUGUAUCACAGUGUUCAGAUGUGCGCGUAUACGACGAAGAAUCGAUAUCGAAGUUUUACGUCGUUCGAGUUUCGAUCGCGACAAAGAUCGUAAAGAGCUCGAAAGAAACGCCAUCGUCAGUGGGAACGAGGCAAACAAAGGAGAGAGAGAGUGAGGAAAAGAGAGAGAAAGUUAAAAAAGUGCAUGUGUGCGUGAAGCGACGACGGGUUUGCGCGCAUACGGGUGCAGUAGUCUUCUUGACAGUGUAGAAUCAACAAGUGUGUACGAAGCGUCAUUGUCGCGCCUUGUGCGCGCGCGAUCCUAACCUCAUCGUCGAGAUCGGUUCGGUUAAAUCGUUCGCGAUCUUUGCUGUUCUCGGUGUUCACGCUUUCGUUGCUGCAAGCUGCGAAAGCUUGCGAGUUGUGGUAGUUUUAAUCGAUGUGAUAUCGUGCUUUUUCUUUUACGUGCCCUUGGAUAUAUUGUUACGUCGGCGAGCUCCGGUGACUGCGUCUACAACGUCUCAAGAUGGAAGUCGUUUACAUAGAUGAACGAGAAGAUGUACAGAAAAAAACGUUUGCAAAAUGGAUAAAUUCGCAGCUACUCAAGAAUCAUCACGAACCGAUUACCGAUUUAUUUGUCGACCUCAGAGAUGGCAAUCGACUCUUAUCCCUUCUGGAGGUACUCACAUCGAAAGUUUACAAAAGAGAACGCGGUCGAAUGAGAGUUCACCACCUGAAUAAUGUUAACAAAGCCUUGCAAAUUCUCGAACAGAAUAAUGUGAAACUCGUAAAUAUUAGCAGUAACGAUAUUGUUGACGGUAAUCCUAAGCUAACACUCGGAUUAGUAUGGAGUAUCAUUCUACACUGGCAGGUUCAUUAUCAUCUGAAGGAUUUAAUGACAGAAUUACAGCAGACAAAUUUGGAAAAAACACUUUUAGCAUGGUGUCGUCAGAAUUCGCAGAAUUACCCUGGAGUUGAUAUUAAAAAUUUCACCACAUCCUGGUCGGAUGGUUUAGCGUUUAACGCGAUUCUUCAUAAAUGGAAACCACAUUUAUUUGAUUUUAAUAACAUUGCGCGCAAACAUCCGAAUGCUAGGCUAGAUCAUGCGUUUCGCAUCGCUCAGGAACAGUUGGGUAUCGAACGACUGUUGGAUCCAGAAGAUGUGAACACAUCGGUGCCAGACAAGAAGUCAAUAAUGAUGUACGUUAUGUGUCUCUUCCAAUCGUUACCUCAUUCCGGAGAUGACAUAGGCGAGUUAGAUCUUUCAGUAGCGAGCGAUGGUAGCCCGGUUACAACGCCAGGAGCGGAGAAUCCAUUAUCGUUUACAAAUUUUGGAACACCGACUUCGAGACCUAUGAGUCUAGCAACGAACGUGUCCGUGGAACUUGGUGGUUAUCAAGUUGCCCUGGAAGAGGUUUUGACCUGGCUUCUCGAGGCAGAAGAUAAAUUAAAUCACGCUCCAGAACCUGGAUCUAGUUUGGAAGUAUUAAAGCAACAGUUUCAUGAACACGAAACAUUCCUGAUGGAGUUAUCCGGGCACCAGGACGGUGUCGGUGCUGUGCUGGAGGAAGGUGCGAGGUUAUUAGCAGAAGGGGGUUUGCACAAGGAUGAAGAGCACGAAGUUCGGGUUCAAAUGUCGUUAUUAAAUUCUCGAUGGGAAGGACUUCGGAUGCGUGCUAUGGAAAGACAAACUAAAAUUCAUGAGGUUCUCAUGCAAAUGCAACAAGGCCAGUUGGACGCACUACGACAAUGGUUAACCAGUACUGAAAAUAGGAUUUCACUAAUGGCGGCUACUGAAUUGACUCAGUCUGCUUUAGACGAACAAUUGAAGCAAUUAAAUGAACUAGAACAAGAUAUUGAGGCACAACAAGGAAUUGUCGAUGGUAUGAGAAACAUGGUGGUUGUCGUAGAUGAAGAAAAUUCCGAAGCGGUUUAUGCUCAAAUGGAAGAUCAGUUAUCUGCUCUUGGAGAACGGUGGACGCAUAUUUGUCAGUGGAAAGAAGAACGAAGACAACGUUUACAGUCCCUCUCUUCUCUUUGGCAAAAUAUUAAUGACGAUUACAAAAGAUUAGUGUCUUGGCUAAACGAGACUGAAAUCACGUUAAAACAAAUGGAGGCAAAUCCAGCAUCUGAGAUCGGUGAGGUACUGGAACGGAUUAAGAGGUUGCAAAUUUUGAAGAUGGAAAUGGAUGCGAAUCAGAGAAAACUAACAUCUUUGCAAGAAUCUGUUCAAGAAUUGGAGGGGCAAAGUACCUCACCAGAAUGUGUUACCAUAUUGGAAAAAUUAGAAAAUCUGCAGGAUCAAUGGGAAGCCAUAGGACAAAUAAUGGAAGUACAGACUCAAAGAAUUACCAGUUCAGGAUUCGAGUUUGACUUGAAAUCAGAAAGGGAAACAACUGUGAUCUCAGGAAAUGAGUGGAUGUCCGAAACAGUAACUAGUAUUGCUUACAAAGAAGAGAUUACCGCAACAUCGACACCGCAUAGUGAUUCAAAGAAACGUCGAGUGGAUAGCACAAUCAGGCACGAAUUUGAGUCUGCCUUGCACAAUCUCUAUAAAUGGAUCGAUUAUGUUGAUUUAGAAAUUGGACGGUCUGAGGGAGUGUUCGAUGAAUUAAGCGUUGAAGAGAAGAAGGUAGUAUAUAAUGACACAAUAGCUGACAUAGAAUCGCACAAAGAUGAGUACAAUAGAGUCUUAGAAUUGGGGAAACAACUUCUCGAAGAACUAAAUGGUGCAAAUGAAUCGACCGAAGCGGAGGAAUCAAAAAUCAAGGACAUACAAAAUUGUUGGUCAGCAACUAGUAAUCGACUUGAAGAGAUAAAGAGUCGUAUAGAACAUCUGGAAGAAAUAAAAAGAUUCAAAACAGAAUUGGCCAGUUUAAAUUUGAUGUUGGACAGUUACACCAAAUGGUUCGAUUUGAACAAAGGAAACAAUCAGAUUGAGCCGUUCAGGGUGAAGAUGAAGUCAAUGAAGUCUCACGAGGAACGAAUAAAGAAGUUGUUAGAGAAAGCCAAAGAGUUAUCAGAAUAUCAAACCGGUACCAAUGAAAAUGUUAAUCUAAACACAGACGUGCAAGCAUUUGUUUCUAGCUGGGAAAAAUUGUAUAAAAUGUUGUCUGAAAGGUUGGCUGAAUUAAAUGAUGCCGUUGAUAAAACACCGCCAAAGAAAUAUACAGAUGCAGUUGCCAAUCUUACUUCAUUUAUCAAUAAUGUAGAAAGUACAUUACUGUCAGAACAUAUAGUUAUGUCGGACGAUAAGACAAUGGCAGAGCAGCUGAAAAAGUUUAGUGAUUUACAAGAUUCACUGAAAGAACAUCAGGAGGUUUUUGACUAUGUAAAUAGCGUUGGUCAUGAGUUAAUAAUGAAAACUAAUGGAGACUCUCAGGGACAAAGACUCAAAGAAACGCUGCAAGAUCUCAAUACCAAGUGGAGUGAUAUACCCAUAAUAUUGGAAGAACGUCAACAGAAUUUAUUGAAAGAUAUACAGUCCUUGAAAACAUUUAACGAUGAACUUUCUGACCUUGAAAGUUGGUUGGAAAAAUCUUACCACUAUUUAGAAGAAUUGUCAAAAGAUAAUGUAACGAAUGAUGUUGAAACUACGGAGCUUAAAUUAAAGCAAGUUCAAUCGUUCUGCGAAGAUAUAAACCGAACAAAACCGAGGAUAGAACAACUUCAAACGUGCACGAAUAAGUUACUUGAAAAUUCUGAGCCGAAAUUUGCAAACGUGUUAAAUAAUAAAUUGGAAGUUGUGUCGCAUAAAUGGAAUGCUAUUGUCGAUGGUGCUAAAAGUUUAAAUGAUAAGUAUGAGGAUGCAUUAAAGAAAAAUGAUGAGAUCAUCAAUGGAAUAGAAGAUUUCACAAAAUGGUUAUCAUCUCUGGAAAAGGAAAUACCAACUGAAACAAAAAUAACAUCUUCAGUCGAACUAUUUCAAGUUCGUGGACGAUAUCAGUCGUUAAAAGAAAAGAUUGAUAAACGAGUCGAAGAGUUCAGAAAUCUUAAUGAAAUGGGCAACGACAAACUGUUAAGUUCAGAAGGAUCCUCAGUGCAAGAACUUGGUAGACGUUUUACGUUCUUAAAUGCUCGAUGGACCGAUGUUACCGAUCGCAUUUAUGAAAGAUACAGACAUCUACAAAAUGCUAGUCAUGAGUAUGGUGAAUUUCGUGCGUUAGUUGCACAGGAAAGUGACUGGUUAGAUAAGCUGGAUAAAAGAUUGAAGAGAUCGACAGAAAGUGCUGCAGACGCUGAAGAAAUAUCAGAAGAACUAGAUGAUUUAGAGAACUAUAUACGAAAUCAUCCAGAAUUAAGGCUUGAAAAAAUUCAAGAAAUUGGAAAGCAAUUGAUCGAAAGCAAUAUUAUGACACAAUCUAUUCAAGCAGAUGUAGAGAACUUGACAAGUCGAUGGGAAACUUUAAAUAAUCAGGCAGGGCAGCGAGCAAAGCUGCUGGAAGGAUCAGUGAAGCAAGCACAACAAUUAGAAGGAUGCAUUCUUGCCCUUCAGCACUCCUUAACACAAAUAGAUUCUGUACUAACAGCACGUCUUGACUGCGAUCUUACUGCUGACGAUUUGCCUCAUGAUUAUCAGAAAUUAAUGGAAGAAAUGGAACAUCAACGUUCUACUCUUCAAGAAAUGGCAUUACAAAUUGAAUCUUAUAAAGCUUCUGGAAAACAAGAAGCUGCACUUAGGUUGCAGGAGCAGCUAACUCUAAUCGAACAAAAGUUUUCUGAGGUUCAAAAGAAAUUCCAACGUUUCCGUUGUCCAACGAAUUUAGAACCAAGGUUGUCUAGAGCUUUAAGGGAACUUAGAGGAAUAGAAGAAGCAACAUGUUUGCUAGAAUUGUCUUCAGAAGAUCCAGAAGCCAUUGAAGGACAACUCAAGCAUUGUCUGCGAUUUUACCAAACACUGAGCGAGAUCAAGGGUGAGAUAGAAAAUAUUAUAUUAACUGGUAGAAAAUUAGUCGAAGAGAAAAGUGUCGUUGAACCAGAGAAAUUUUCAAAACGAAUUGACAUGCUAAAGGAGUUGUACAAUAAGCUGGGAUUGCACAUAACCGAAUCAAAAUCAUCUUUGGAAUCCGCUUUGGAUUUGUCCCGCGAUAUGUACAAAAACAUGUCCUAUAUUAAUAUGUCUAUAGAUAGUAUUAAUAAAGAAUUAGAUACACAAAAGAAUAUGCCUGAUUUACCAGUUAAUGCGAUAUAUGUACGAGAAACUUUAACCGAAGUAAUACCAAGGCUAAACGUUGUAAAAGACAAGUUAUUGAACUCUCAAGAAGAAUUUUCCAAACUUUGCGAUCCUAUGUACCUAGAGCAACUUAAAGAAAAACUGUCAGAUGUCGUUACUAGAUUAGCAAGCACAGAAAAAAGAUUAAGACUUUGUAGUUCUUCAGAGGAGGAACCAAAUGUCGAUGAAAUAAAUGCAUGGCUUCUACAAGUGGAAGAAAAACUCGAUAAGUUAGAUGGUGUACCAGUUGAUCAACUAACGGAGAAUCAUUUUGAGCAAUGCAAGGCUGUUCAGAGUGAAAUGAUUGAAGCAAAACCAAAGGUCAACCAAUUGCAACGCUACACAUACUACCCUAAGGUUGCAGCUGUCUGCAAUAAGUGGGAAGUUGUAUCCAGUAGAAUACAAGAAUGGAUCCACAAAAUCACAGACAGUUUAUUAAUAAAAAGUAAGGUGGGUGAAACAAAGGGGAGAGACAAUUAUGGACGCGCUAAAUUGUCUAAACAGCCGGAACAAACUUCGGUGCAACUAGUUAAGAAAGAGAAUAAGUUGAUAGACGAGAAUGAGGAGAUAUACGGCAUAGGAUAUCUUAAUCCUGCGUUUGAUGAAAGUCAGUGUAAUGUUACAAACACACCAGACAGUUCGCCAAUCAAUAUUGUCCAUCGAAGCCGGAAAUCUUCCAUAAAGUCUGAAAAAGUAAAAGCUAAAAUCGUAGACGUUAGUAAAACCGUUAGACGGAAAUUAGACAUGAGUUCUGUACCUGAUGUUGUUCAAACUUCUCAGCCACAAAUCGUUCAUAUCGACGAUGAUCCACCUUCUUCGUCUCCUGAUUCAGAUGCAUACGUGGCGGACGAAGAAUUCUUUCUGUCAAAAAAUAGCACUUUAUUUUCUCAAGUUUCUUCAAACACAUUGGUUACCACAGAUUCAAAGCCAUUCAAUAUGUAUCACACCCAAACAAAUCCCUUCCGUAUAGUAGAAGUGAAAGAAAUGGAAAUAGUAAAGUCAGUCGCAUCCCCCGAGGAUCACGUAAUACUGCCAAGUGCCAAUGUCAGUGUAGGAUUAAUGCCACAAGUUGUCGAGAGAGUAGAAAUUGUUGAGGAUACAGAAACGGAACCAGAAUCAGUGGAUACUGAUACGGAAGAUAAAGAAACUAGGGGAAAAAUUUGUGGUACAAGUGGUAGUGGAAAUCAGAUUACCAAAAAGAGAGAACUUGUACCGAUUUUAAAGAAGAAAAGAGCAAUAGAUCCGUAUGCUUCGAAAAAUAUUAAGAAAUUAACUCUUAAAUUAGAUGUUGAGAAUGUGCAGACAGAGCGUAAAAUUUCAAUCAGUAAAUCAUUGAAAGUCGAAGAAAAAGUUACACGAACUCACGAGACCGUCUCAACGAAUUCACAACAAUUAUGCAAAGUAAAUAAAACCGAAACAAUUGAAAAAACUUGUGCAUUGAAAGAUAAAGACAGCAUUGCCGAAUAUCUUAUAUUAGAUGAUAACGAAACACGUUCAAAAUUGAAUACAAAGACUAAUAUUUCUCUUUCGCCAUCAGUAAGUGAUGCGAAAAGAAGAAAAAUGUAUAGUAAAGAUAAGGAGAUAACGCCUGUGAAAAGUACUGAUUUCCCUAAAUCGCAUAACGAGAAUCAAAAUUUCGAUUCGGAGAGAAGCAUAAAAUCUUUGAUGUUCAGACGUGCCAGAAGUAUAUCGAAAGACGAUACAUUAGAAGAUUGUGAAAGCUUUUACGGAAGCGACAAAGAAACCGACGAUAUUUUAAUUUUUUCUGAUGACACAGAAAUUGAUGUUGGAAGUUCCAGUUCAGAAGGCGAAGAUCCAAAUUUAGGAGAACAUGUUGAGCACCUCUUGGGCAAGCUACAGGCAGAAAAAUUAGCGCAGGAAAUGCAGCAACGUAAAGUAGAUGCAAAGGUUUCUGGUGAUAAGAGAGGUUUUAAGGGUUCAACGAGUUUGUCCAGGACAGGUUUAGAGAAAAAUAUUUUGGAAUUUGAACAAGCUGCUCAACUGAUGUUACACAGAAUGGAUGUUAUGUUAAUGAGCAUCGGUAGCAUUAGUAAUGAGAAAGAUCCUUCUAAGCGUUUGGAGGUACUAAAGAGUGAAGUUAGUACACUUGCACCAGAUGCAGCAGCGUUAAUCAGUAAAGGCGAUGGUCUAGUCAUGACAGUGCACAUAACUGAUCCUAUUAGAGCUGAAAAGAUAAAAAAUGAACACCAAGAUAAAUUAAGGAGUAAAUGGCAUCAAGUUAUGUCUGAGAUCGAAACAAGACGUAUACAAGCACAACGAGCGGAAGAAAUAUUGCGACAGUACAAUAACAUAAUUGCGGAAUUUGAGGAUUGGUUUAGAGACGUACCACUGAAGCUUGAACAAGUGAACAAUUAUGAAGGACAGUUAGAAUCGUUUACCGUGGAAUUUGAUGCUAAACAAGAACAAAUUCACAAACUGAACGAUAUGGCUGUUGAAUUGAAACGAUUAAAUGUUGGAUAUUCUGAAACUAUACGUUACAGCAUUAAUAGCAGGUGGCAGGAAGUUAGUUCACAAUUUAAAAGAUUCAGCGGUAGUAAGGAUAAGGAUAAACAUGUAACCGAUAAAAAAGUUGAGGUGGACAUGGGAGGAGUUGAUAUGCAAGAAUUCACCACGAAAGUUAAUAAGAUCAGAGAAGCUGUCGUGACUGUGACAAGAUCUCUCAAUUCAGUACCUUUAAAUGGCGAUGAUUAUGAAAUGUUUUCCAGCCAAGAGGAGUGUCUCAAAAAAAUCAGUAACGCGUUGAACAUUCUCAAACCGAGUAUCGAAGAGAUUAAUUCUGUUUUCGAAAAUGUUGCAUCGCAGUUAAGAAGGGAACAAGCCGAACAAAUUAGACGUUUGAGUGAUAAAUUACGAGAUGAAUGGAUAAAUGUCAAUCAGAGUUACGUAGAAAGAUAUAAUCGUUGGAAUAAAUGUCAUGAGAAAUGGAAAGAUGUUAGCAAUACCUGUCGGACAUUUUCUGAUUGGCUUGAUAAAACAGAAGAGUCACUGAAAAGAUUAAACUCCUUUGGUCAUUCGAAAGUAUCGAAAACAAAAAUAUUUGAAUUAGAACAAGAGAUCUCCAGGAUGCAAAGAACGAUGAAUAAUAUCAAUAUUUCAAGUGCAAGUAUUUUCACUCGUGCUAAGCCAGAAGAUAUGGUCGAUUUGAAAGAAAUCGUAGAAAGCAUAAAACGUCGCUGGCAAAAUAUUAUAACCGAUUUAAAUACACGGAAAGAGAGGAGCUUUGCUAUGGAGAAAAAAGUGAACAAUGAAAGCAGAAUUUUAGAAAGUGCUUAUAACAUUUUGGAACAAAUAAAUUCUUUACUGGUAUCUGCAGCAAAUCCCUCAGAUGAGACCUCGUUGUCAAUAAGACUGUCAUUAAUUAAAGCAAGACAGGAAGAACUCUCUUCUCGUAAAAGGGCAUUGCAAAAUUUGAUAAAUCAAAAUGGUAUUCCACCGACAGAAGAUGAAUGCAACAAAUUACUUGUUGACAUGGAUAAGUCUAAUACAAGCCUUUCUAACCAUCGAGAAUACGUGGAAAAUAAACUUACAUCCCUUAAAAAAUAUAUUUGCACGCUGGAUACUGUUAUGGCAUGGGUCAUGGAAACUCGAACAAGAAUUAAUAUAUCCCGUGACUUACCACAGCAAGAACGGGCCGAAAUUAUGAACAAUAUUACGACUAAAGUUGAGGAUCGUGAAAUGGAAGUAAAAGAUGUUCUGGAAAAUUACACCAACUUGGAAAAGGAGUGCGAGUCUGCGAAGCAACCUAUCUCUGUAGAAUUACAAGAGAAAUUGAAGAAGCUGAGGGAAGACUGGCAGUUUGUGAAAAACAGCGGAGAGUCGUCGAGUUAUGAAGCCAAAUCUGCACCACCUGCGACACGGGGUGUUGAGGUCGAAAAGAGUGCAGGAGCUGCACCGGGGGCAUCGGGUGCAACUGCAGGGGGCCCUCGGGGGUUGACACCGUCCCCUGCCCCCUCAACACCCUCAACCCCCGCAACUACUACUAGCCCUUCAGUUUGCACAUCUUCACCUUCAUCUUCACCAUCCCCUUCAUCGUCACCCUCAGCUCUCGUAGCUGGUUUUGACAAAUCGGUGCUACAGAUACGCGAUUGGCUCACAGUCGAAGAAGAGAUGCUGCGAAAACAAGCGGUGGUCGUCGGCGAUGUCGGCGAAAUCAUGGAGGCGCUUGAUAAACAAAUGGAUGUCCUACGAGAGCUGGGACAGAAAAAGCCGCAGUUGGACGAGUUGGUCCACACAGCGGAAGCGCUUCGAGCGGAUACGAACAGACAGCAGGUGCACGGCAAAGUUACGAAGCUGAGGGAACACUGGGACGAGAUGAACUCGAAAAUGAUGCAAAGGAAGACGGAGUUGGACGCGAUGCUCGGCGACAGCCAGAGAUACGAGGCGAAGAGGAACGAGGUGGAGGUAUGGCUGGCGCGAAUGGAAACCCGGCUGGAGAAAAUGCGGGCCGUGGGCCACACAGCCGACGUUCUCGAGGCUCAGCUCCGGGAACAAAAGUCAUUCCACGCCGAGCUGCACCAGUACAAGCACCAAAUUGAGCUGUUCAAUCAACUCACGCAGAAAUUGAUCGCUGUUUACCAGGAGGAUGACACAACGCGUGUGAAGAAAAUGACUGAGACUAUUAAUCAGCGAUACAACAAUCUGAACACCAGUAUCAUCAAUCGAGGAAAGCUGUUGCACUCUGCAAUGAACUCCCUCCACAACUUCGACCGGUCCUUGGACAAGUUCUUGGCUUGGUUGAGCGAAGCUGAGUCCUCGAUGGAGGGAUUGGAAGCGGAAGCUGAUCGACUAGGUGGACGACGGGACCAGGGUGCUCUCAGACGACCGCAACAUCAGCUUAAGGUACGUAGACCAGGAUUCAUCCCCCUUUUACCAGCUAAGAUACCGGAUCUCCAAUCAGAGAUCGAAACGCAUCGAGACGUUUAUGCGUCCCUGAAUGGUACAGGCCGAAAGCUGUUAAGCUCUUUAGCCAGUCAGGAUGACGCUGUUAUGCUACAACGACGACUGGACGAGAUGAACCAGAGAUGGCAUCACUUGAAAGCGAAGAGUAUGGCGAUAAGAAAUCGACUGGAAAGCAAUACGGAACAUUGGAAUGCCCUGUUACUAUCAUUGAGAGAACUUAUCGAAUGGGUGAUAAGAAAAGACACCGAGCUGACGGGUUUGGGACCUGUCUGCGGGGAUGUGGCUGCGCUGCAGAAACAACAGGAUGAUCAUCGUGGAUUCAGGAGACAGCUCGAGGAUAAAAGACCGAUCGUUGAAAACAAUUUACUGAGUGGUCGCCAAUACAUCGCCAACGAGCCGCCAUUGUCUGAUACGUCGGAUUCUGAAGCAGGGAGAGAGUUGGACGGCGAUUCGAGAGGGUACAGAAGCGCAGAGGAGCAAGCACGCGAGUUAACGCGCAGCAUUCGCCGGGAAGUGAACAAACUUUCGGAGCAGUGGAACGCCCUAAUCGAACGUAGCGAUGCGUGGAAGCGGAAACUCGACGACACCGCUAACAAAAUAUGUGUCUUCCAAAAGUCGCUGGAGGAUUUGUCGUCGCGAAUGGCCGCCGCCGAGGCGAUCCAAAGCGGCUGGCAGAAUCCGAACGACGCCAACGAGGCGACGGAAUUGCUGGAGCAAUUGCAGAAAUUUGGCGAACGACUGGUGCCCAUACAGAGGAACAUCGAGGACGCAAACGAUCAGGCGAGCGUCUUCGCCUCGAGCAGCGUCAUCGUUUCUCAUGCUUUGCUGGCGAAACUCGAAGAUCUCAACACCAGGUGGAAGGUGCUGCAAGUGGCGGUUGACGAGCGUUACAAGUUGCUAAGCGGAUUUGGAAAGGAUGGCAGCACUCCGGGUAGCCAGGCUUUCCUCGCGAGCAGCGUGGAACCACCAUGGGAAAGAGCCCUCACACCCGCCAAAGUGCCUUACUAUAUCAACCAUCAAUCGGAGACCACCCAUUGGGAUCAUCCGAAAAUGAUAGAGCUGAUGUCUUCUCUGGCGGACCUGAACGAAGUACGAUUUUCGGCAUAUAGAACUGCGAUGAAACUGCGCACGGUUCAAAAGCGUUUAUGCUUGGAUCUGUUGAGUCUUUCCACCGCAUUGGAGCAGUUCGAUUCGCACGGGUUACGAGCGCAAAACGACAAGCUGAUCGACAUUCCCGACAUGGUGACAGUGCUGACGUCUCUGUACGAAGUGAUAACGGCUGACAAUCCAACACAGGUGUCUGUGCCGUUGUGCAUCGAUUUGGCCAUCAAUUGGCUCCUCAAUGUAUACGAUAGGGUCAUUGGCGUAACUAGGUGGGAACUGGGGAGGGACAAGACACCUCUAAAAUUUAGUCAACGAACCGGCCAGAUUCGAGUGCUUUCAUUCAAAGUCGGUUUGGUCCUGUUGUGUAAGGGUCACUUGGAAGAAAAAUAUCGAUAUCUUUUCCGACUGAUCGCUGAUCCGAACAGACUGGUAGAUCAACGGAAACUGGGUUUGUUAUUGCACGACUGCAUCCAAGUGCCGAGACAGCUGGGUGAAGUGGCGGCUUUCGGUGGAUCGAACAUCGAGCCAAGCGUUCGCAGCUGCUUCGAAAAGGCUGGAAAGGACAAGAAUGAGAUAGAGGCGGUACACUUUUUGAGCUGGUUACAACAAGAGCCUCAAAGCAUGGUCUGGCUGCCUGUGCUUCAUCGACUCUCCGCGGCGGAGAGCGCCAAGCAUCAAGCGAAGUGUAACAUAUGCAAGGAAUAUCCUAUCACUGGAUUCAGGUAUCGUUGCCUGAAAUGCUUCAAUUUCGACAUGUGUCAGAACUGCUUCUUCUCUGGACGUAAGGCGAAGAAUCAUAAGUUGACACAUCCCAUGCAAGAAUACUGCACAGCGACCACAUCUGGAGAGGACGUGCGCGACUUUACCCGAGCGCUCCGAAACAAAUUUAAGUCCAAAAGAUACUUCAAGAAACAUCCAAGAGUCGGUUAUCUGCCCGUGCAAACCGUUUUGGAAGGGGAUGCCCUGGAGUCCCCUGCUCCGUCUCCUCAACACAGUUCUCUCAGCCAGGAUAUGCACUCCCGAUUGGAAAUGUACGCUUCCCGUUUAGCGGAAGUCGAGUUGUCUCGCACGAGAAGCAACUCAACGCCGGACAGCGACGACGAGCAUCAGCUGAUAGCGCAUUAUUGUCAAAGUUUGAAUGGGGGCGACAACGUGAACGUGCCCAGAAGCCCCGUGCAGGUGAUGGCAGCGAUCGACGCGGAGCAAAGAGAAGAACUCGAGGCUAUGAUACGCGAACUCGAAGAGGAGAAUGCAACGCUACAAGCGGAAUACGAACGAUUGCGCUCGAAACAGACGCCUGGUUCGACGCCGGAAGAUGGCCAUGGGAACAGACAACCCGACUGCGACAUGAUUGCCGAAGCGAAAUUGUUGAGACAACAUAAGGGCAGAUUGGAGGCGCGCAUGCAGAUAUUGGAGGACCAUAAUCGUCAGCUGGAGGCGCAGCUGCAGAGACUCAGACAACUUUUGGACGAGCCAAACGCUUCGUCACCAUCGAAAACCGGAACGCUGCAAACUCGAAGCGUGACAGCAUCUCAACUAGCGACGGACUCUCCUGCGAAGAUGAACGGACAUUAUCAUGAUUCUCCGGGUGGUGGAGGUUCGAACGAGGGAAGAGUGAGCAGUUUAGAGAGGCCACCACCGCCACCGCACUCUCACAGCGUUGCCCACAACGUGGGUAAUCUCUUGCACAUGGCAGGAGACUUAGGAAAAGCUGUCGGUGAACUGGUGACGGUGAUGACCAGCGAGGACUCGUCUAAGAGCAACGGACAGAGGGCGCCACCGCCGGCUUUCAAAUAACCAUCAUCAUUAUCAAAACUGGAAGACAGGUUUCUUUAUUCCAACGAUACCAACGACCGAAGAGAAAUCGAUUGGGAAUUUUAAUCUACGAACAUUAAUCUUUAUAAUCAAUGACCAAUAAGAAGUCUGGCUCUAACGCAUAUCAGGAGAGAUGGUAUAUCGCGCAAAUGCAGGGUCAGGGGUGUCGUCACAGUGGUUUUGGGUAUUUUAUAAGUUUUGAUAUACACCGUUGUAUAGCUAAAUUAUUAUUGAAUAAGACGAUUAUGGUUUUGGCUUUGGCGGCCCCCUGAGAGUAACUUUACUACAUAUUGACACGUCAUAUCAUUUCGGUAACCUAAUCGUACAUGAAGAUGAGGAUGAGACAUUAUACGGAAAGAAUCGGUUGUUAUGCGCUUGCUAGUUGAAAACUUAUACGAAAAACGGGGGGUGAACGAUGAAGAGGGAUAUAAUAAGAAAAUUACGCGAAAGGAAAUAUCAUUAACAAUGCAUGCAAAAGCAAUGUAUCAAAUCACGUACUCUAUUAUAGAUCGUAGGUUAUAUUUACAUACCCAUUCUGUUCACUGCCACGGGCUCUUCCUCAACAUUAUAACAUACACGAUGUACAUGUUAUGUGAUUCUAGAAGACACGUGAAAGAGAAACGAAGGUGAUUAAAUGGGGAGAGAUUGAACGAAUAAAACGGAAUGUACGAAAGGAAGAUAUUCAUGAAUAAAAAAAAAAUGAUAGAUGAUAUCCUUUUCGGUAUAUGUCCGAAAUUAUCGCGUCGUACACCGAACACAAUCGUACACACGUACAUACAUGCAUAUCAUUAUACGUUAUUAUACAUACACACGGUUACGUGAGAAUACACACACGUACACAUACGUACACAAGAGACGUCACACAUUAUCCACGAACACGCGCUGACGACAUUUUUGUAAUCGAUAAUAAAAGCAAAGCAAAGCAAUGUGCAUUAUUGACUUUCAAAUUUAUUUUUUAAUCCGGUUACGAUCGUUUUUUCAUAUUUUUUAAUGGAUUUUAGAUGGCAAUGUCUAUUAUUUAAGCCUGCCGGAUGUUACUUAUAUUUAAGAGUAUAUCGAUAAGUAUCUAAUUUACAAGCUGUAGGCUGUAUUCUGAUAUGUAAUAAAGUUGUCUAGAAAAUAA